CCCUCGCUUCACAUUUCACAGUUCGCUCCACCAAAAAUUUCACACCUAAGACCAGAAUGACUUCCUCCAUCGCCUUCAAGUCCUUCACCGGACUCCGCCAUUCCUCGGCUGAACCUCCCAAACUUCAUUCCCAGUUACACAACAUUUCCCCUCCCAACUAUUGCCAGCGCCGCCUUCAGAUAACCGCUGGCAUAUCCAGUCCCAAGCUCCAGAACCGCAACCUCCGAGUAGCAGUCAUCGGCGGUGGCCCCGCCGGUGGCGCAGCCGCCGAGACCCUUGCUAAAGGUGGCAUUGAGACUUACCUCAUCGAACGCAAGCUCGACAACUGCAAACCAUGCGGCGGAGCAAUUCCUCUUUGCAUGGUGGGCGAGUUUGACUUGCCAUUAGACAUCAUAGACCGCAAGGUGACCAAGAUGAAGAUGAUCUCCCCUUCCAACAUCGCCGUGGACAUUGGGCAAACUCUGAAGCCCCACGAGUACAUUGGGAUGGUGAGACGCGAGGUGCUUGAUUCUUACUUGAGAGAGAGAGCGGCGAGUAAUGGGGCCAAUGUCAUCAAUGGUUUGUUCUUGAAAAUGGACAUUCCAAAGGGUGGUAGAGGCAGCGAGACUGCACCUUAUGUCCUCCAUUACACGGAGUAUAAUGGAAAGGUAGGUGGGGCAGGACAGAAGAAGACUCUGGAGGUUGAUGCAGUAAUUGGUGCUGAUGGAGCCAAUUCCCGUGUUGCCAAGUCCAUUGGUGCUGGUGAUUAUGACUACGCCAUUGCUUUUCAGGAGAGAAUCAGAAUCCCUGAUGAUAAAAUGGUGUACUAUGAGAACCUAGCUGAAAUGUAUGUCGGUGAUGAUGUAUCUCCAGACUUUUAUGGAUGGGUGUUCCCCAAAUGUGACCAUGUUGCUGUUGGAACUGGCACAGUCACUCACAAAGGAGACAUCAAGAAGUUCCAAUUAGCUACAAGAAAUAGAGCCAAAGACAAGAUCCUUGGGGGCAAGAUUAUUCGAGUAGAGGCACACCCAAUACCAGAACACCCGAGGCCACGCAGGUUAUCAGACAGAGUAGCACUAGUAGGGGAUGCGGCAGGGUAUGUGACGAAAUGUUCAGGCGAGGGCAUCUACUUUGCGGCGAAGAGUGGGAGAAUGUGCGCGGAGGCAAUCGUUGAGGGGUCAGGGAAUGGGAAGAGGAUGGUGGAUGAGAGUGACCUGAGGAAGUACUUGGAGAAAUGGGACAAAACGUAUUGGCCAACAUACAAGGUGCUGGAUGUGUUGCAGAAAGUAUUCUACAGAUCGAACCCAGCAAGAGAGGCAUUCGUGGAGAUGUGUGCAGAUGAGUAUGUGCAGAAAAUGACUUUCGAUAGCUAUUUGUACAAGAAGGUGGUACCCGGGAAUCCUUUGGACGAUUUGAAGUUGGCUUUCAAUACCAUUGGGAGCUUGGUGAGGGCUAAUGCUCUUAGAAAGGAGAUGAACAAGCUUAGCGUAUGAGCUACCUAUGCUAAGAUUUAUGUGUCUUUGUUCAUUUAUGUAUUAAUUAAAUCUUAGCUAGCAUAUAUGCUAAGAUUUAAAAAUUUAGCUACGAUAUUUAUGUGUCUUUUGUUCUUGCUGUUAAAAAUAUGAUAGCUAAAGAGGAAAUGGGAUGUUCAGAUUGUUCAUGUCUACAGAGAAGCAAGUGUUGUUGCAGACUGGCUUGCCAACAGUGCUUUUUCUUUUGAUCUUGGCCCUCACAUACUGGUUUCUCCAGCUGGGUCGACUGCUUUUUCAAGAUGCCUCUGGUUUUGCUCAGUGCAGAGACGUGCUGAUGCUUCCUUGGUUUGAGUUUGUCUUGUUCCUUUAAUCAAAAAAAAAAAAAAGAAAGAAAGAAAAAAAAGCUACGAUUUAAAAAUAUUAAUAAUAAAUUUGCAUUAAAUUAUUUAUUUA